AUGUCGCAUGCUUGGAAGCACAGCACGCUCUAUGAGGCCCUGUGCGACCUCAGAUUCCCGUCCGGGGUAGGGGCGCUGUACCCAGCUGUUAGGAAGGAUUGUGUUUGUAAUAAUGAAGACUCCAUACCGUCUGUCACUUGUUUUCCUAUUAGCUUGGACUGCUUGGGCUUCUGAGCCCCUUGAAGGGGAGGACUUGUCAUUCUUUGUACCGGGCAUUCCGAGAGUCGAGACCGAGGACGUUAUUAAAUUACUUGGGCAAGCUAGAGCACUUCAUAAUAAGGCAUCAGAGUCACCCGCUACAGCGCAAGCUGUAGCCACAGCUCUUUCGGUGGCUGUUGUCACACUGCCUCCAGUUCCUCUGUACCGCGCGCUUCGGUUAGCGAAGGAUAUCCCAGCCGACGCACAGAAGUAUCUACCUGCUGCUGUAGACCUCUUGGCAGGUAUCCGAUCGUCUGCCAUAGCACCGGCAUGUCUCGACCGUCCGGGCAUUCCACACACAACAGCUGGGCAAUUCAAGUACUUGAUUGCGGCCAACCUGUUUAAUUGCGAGGCUAUUAUGCCGUAUUGGACCCUCGAGGUGCUGCGGCUUGCCCUUCUGCUUCAAGGAGAUCAACGAGUCCUGUCCGCCUUCUUCCACAACACCUCAAGCGUUCACGUGCCCCCGGAGAAGGGCCUAACCCACAUAUCCAUCUAUGAGAGUGGUAGCACGGACAACACUGCCCUAUGGCUACAAGUCGCGGAGGCGCUUUGGACUGCAGCUGGCAUCCGCUCUUUCGUUGUGACCAACGGUUCACUUACUCGCCAGACGCUGAUGGAUCCCUAUAACGGAAAGUUCUACAAGCAACACCGUAUCCAGUUCUUGGCAAAGCUUCGAAAUGCUGCGUUGGAGCCGUUGUACGGAGCCCCACGUGGGGCGUACGACUACGUGUACUUCAUUAAUGACGUCUUCUUCUGCGCCGCCGAUCUAUUCCGCCUGAGCCACCUGAAGGCAGAUAUUGCUUGCGGGCUUGACUUUGAGGUGUGGGUUGGCGGGAAGAAAGGCCGCAUGCCUGGAGUUACCCAGCGGUUCCGUCGCAACCUGCUGUCCACGCCAGCUACUGUUGCUACUACUGCUGCUGUUGCUGCGGCGGCGGCUAAAGCCAAAAACAGCUCAUCAGCAGCUUCGGUUUGGCAUGCCGCUAUGAAACGCAUGUCAGAAGUGCACCUUGAAGAGUCUGCCAGGCAGGCUGCUGCAGAUGCAAGGACACAGGCUGCUAAAAUCAAGCCACGAUACGAGUUUUACGAUGCGUGGGUAUCACGCGACCUUGGUGGAAACCCGUUCGCCAAGGUCGACCCCAUCACACCUGACACUCGCACAAUUGACGGUCUCCACCGGGGUUGGCCUAUUCCCGUGAAAUGCUGCUGGAACGGAGCGGCUGUGAUGAGCGCCAUACCUCUAGCAAAUGGCUUGCGGUUCCGUGCUAGCCUGGUAGAGGACGGGGAGUGUGAUAUAAGCGAAUGCUCCCUGAUCUGCGAGGACUACCGGCGCCUAGGUGCCAAGCGUGUGGCAGUCGACCCGUCUGUCCGGGUCGCCUACUUGCCAUGGACCAAGGAAUUCCACGGCAAGCUUCCUGGCGGUGUCGGCGCUAAAGUCCCAUGGGUCCACCUUGAACGCAACGGCGGCUUGACAGAGCUGGAGAAGCAAUGGUCCGAUACCCAAGGCUGCAUGUCCGUUCAGUGCAUCCCAUUACGUCGAGGAACUGAGGAGGCCGACAUCCACUCCUUCCGGGUUAUCGACCUAGCAGCCAACAACUACACGCACAUGUUCCUAGAGCAGCUUAAGCAGCCGCCUUAUCCGCCGUUUGAGCCGCAGUCGUGUAACCAGAUCAUGGGCCCGUACGGAGCAACCAACGAUGGUUCGGCUUUUGAUGACCUCUCCAUCUCAUUAUGGGGAGAGAACCCAAUCCAGCGAGUUACAUACACCGCGAAUAGCACCCUAAAUAGCCUCCAAGUACACUAUGGGACGGCGUCAGCACCUGCCCAUGGCGGCUCUGCCGGGGAUCCGGGUUCCUUUGAGCUACAGCCCGGCGAGUACAUCAUCAGCGCAUUGGUUCAUUUCGAUGACACCGCUGUACAUGGCAUGGUUUUCGGCACCAGCAAGCGACGAAGCGUGACCAUUGGCGGCCAGAAUUACACAAUGGGCAUCCUUCCUCGCGGCGUCUCGAAGGCAAUUGCCACGCCGUGCCCUGGGGCCUCAGCCCACGUUGGGCGCUACUACCUGAUAGCCUUCGCAGGGACUGCUGACAAGGUCAUGCGAUCACUGACCCUGAUUUGGUCGUGAUUAGAUCAAGAUAGUUAGGUUGACCGGCAAUUCAUCGCAUGUGCCGCUCAUGGUGCAACGCAUGGCUGUGCUGCAGGACGCAUUGAACUCGUAUUUUGUGUGUUCAGCUCUGGAGGUGCGAGUGUGAAGUCUAGCUGUAAGUUUGUGACGAGCGGAGUUAGGGCAGGCAUUCGUAUUUGAUUCGUUCAAUAAGAGCUCGGAUACGGCGUUUCCCUUCACUUUUGUUCACUUGAACGCUGCCAAGUUGUGACAUUUUGCUGGAAUAAUUCGCCGGGUUACUUGUCUUUAUGCACGCUGUACCAUGUGUACGGCCCUUCGGUUUCCUCCUCUGUAGCGCUUCGUCAUGGCACUUAUUUUUCUCCCGCACGUUUCUGUUUUGUUUUUUCUUUGUCUCCCUUUGUUAGCCACACUGGCCUACGCUGUAGCCCGCAAAUGGACAGCAAUGUCAGGUAACGGCACUGCAUUUGCGUGUUACCGGUAAUAUCUGGGGUUCGGCAUGAAGUCAUCGCAGGGGUGUAGGGGACUCAGCCAUGUUUAUCCGUAGUUGCAUGCGUCUUGCGUAUUGUAGACGGGAAAAUGUGCGGAAAUUCUCCGGCGCAAUCGAGUGAUGUAUGGUGUGUAUAGGCGACAUUUCUUGCGCUGACAGUGCGACAUGCACCCAGCAAGGCAACUGUUUCGCUUCCUGGAC